GUUGGAGCACCUAGUGAUAAUAAUGAUGCUGCUACAAAGAAGUAUGUUGAUGAUAAUUCCACCGGAUCAUCAACAACACAUCUAACAGUUGAUUCAAACAUUGAUAUGAAGAAUACAUACCGAAUUACAAAUCUUAGCACACCACUGGAUGGAAAAGAACCUCCUACAAAAGAUUACGUAGACAACACUUUUGUUGACAGAGAUGGUUCCUACCCAAUGAAAGGCAAUCUCAAUAUGGAUAAUAAUCAAAUAAUAAAUCUGCCAGCUCCAACGGGACCUAAACAACCAACACCAUUAGCUUUCUCAGAUAUGAAGUAUCUUCACGUUGCUGGAACAAAUAAAAUGACAAAUAAUCUAAACAUGGAUAAUAAAAAAAUAAUUAACCUUAGUCCACCAACAGACUCCACAGACGGUGCAACGAAAAAGUAUGUGGAUGACACAAUA